AAAUCUACCCUUCUUUCCGAGCCUCACAAUAUUAUUUUUGUUUCCUUUGUCAUCACACUCAUCAACCAUUACCACUGGAGAGAUAGAAAGAAGAGAAAGAAAGAGAGUGAUGGCUAGUUGCAACAUGGCAUCAGCUGCAUCCGGAUUUGUGCUGUCAUCCGGAAAGACAAUCUCUUCGUCUUCCUCUUCCAGGAUCAGUUCCAUGGUGAUGUUCCCUUCAAAGUUCAACAACAACAAAAGUGGUUCUUUUAAUAGGCUUGUUGUGAGGGCUGAAGAUGAAGGUGCAGCUGCAUCUGCUGCACCUGCAACGGCAACACCACCGGCUGAAGGUGAAGCUGCUGCUACUGCUCCAAAACCAAAGCCACCUCCAAUUGGCCCCAAGAGAGGAACUAAGGUAAAGAUUCUUAGGAAAGAAUCAUACUGGUACAAAGGCUAUGGUUCAGUUGUUGCCGUUGAUCAGGACCCCAAGACUCGCUAUCCUGUUGUGGUUAGAUUCAACAAAGUUAACUAUGCAAAUGUAUCAACAAACAACUAUGCAUUGGAUGAAAUUGAGGAAGUUGCAUGAUUGCAUUUUAAGUUUGUAAUUUUGACAAUCGUCAUCAUUCUAUUGCAGCUAUUAGCUUAAGAUUUUUCCAUGUCAAAUGAAAAAAAAAAAUCUGUAUCAUAUCUUCUCUUAUACCCAUCACCUUCUGAUCCUUAUAAAUUACAUUCUGUGUGCAAUUGCUCAUAAUUUGAACUUGUUUUAAAUGAGUA